AUGGGCAACUCAUCGUCUGUUAGCCCGACCUUAUCACCAACGCCUUCAAAGAAGAACCUUCUCCUCAAUUCUUCUCAACGGCAGCAAUCAUGGCGAUGCCUUUCAAAGAAGUCAUCAUCCUCCCAGUUAUCAUCAUGCGCUUCAAACAAGAGCUUAAAAAGCGAGAAUGCGAACAGUAAAAUUUCUACUAUUGAGGACACCAAAAGUAAUAUCUUGUCCAUAAACAACACCUUUGACAAGAACAAUAGCGAUCAUCAUACGACCCUUGUAAUUAAUAACAAACUCACCGCAUCCAUAUCAAGCAGCAGCCGAUUUGCGGACAGAAUCUCUCGGCUAUCCUCAACAAACAAAGCCCCCAAUGAAGCAAGUACCCUCGAAUUUAGUGAUACAACUUCAGAAGAUUCGGAGGACAAUGAUCUGGACCGAACCAAUUCUUUGGAAAAUCAUGAUCUUAUUGAAAGUGGCGUGAGUCUUGACUCUUCAAAAGACUCGAAACUGUCAUCAUUAAGGGAAAGUAUUGGCUUUCUAAAAAAGAAGAAGAAGGUCAAUCCCUCACGAAAUAAUUUAUUAAUUUCAUCAUCAACCAAUGCUUCAUCAUCUUCGACAUCACCAUCGGAGCCAUUACUAAGGAACACACACCAUUCUAAUUACACCCCCUCUCCCACCUCUCCUCAUAAUUCUAACAAGAAUUCGAUCAGACCAUUGUCUUCGACCGACUCACUGGUUGAUGAAGAUUACGAUGCUGACCAAUCGUGGUUGGAUCAACCAAGGUCUGCCCUGUUUUUGCAUCCCUCGUCUUUAUCACGAUCAUGUCAAUUUCCAAAUUCGAGUAGCACUUCGUCUCCAACGACAACAAAAUCCAGUCUCCACCCAACAAACAUCACUACCACAGUUGUCGAGAUGAGCAGCGACGAUAUUUCUUCUCUCUCUGAUUCCUUAUCCUCUUCGAUACCAUCUCUUCCAUCCACUUCUAUUCAGUCAUCCGUUACUUCCCCAUCUUCUGCCUCCUCCAAUUUUACAAGCUCACUUUCAAAGCAGACAUCGUCUGUAUCGCAGAAUGACUUUCGCGGAAAGAAAGAUGUUUCACAACAACAAUAUCUUUCAAAAAAGCCACAAGUAUUCAAAAGCAAGUCAAAUAUUUCUUCAUCUGAUAAGAAAAAAGACGACCUACAUCUCUUAUCUGGAAGUCUUGAGCUUGGAAAAAUGUUUUCUAAAGCAAAGAGCAAUAUUUCAUUUGUUAACAAUUUGACUCAAUCUCUCGACUCAUUUUCCUUGAAAACAAAAAUCAAAGAGGCUUUGAAAGAAUUCAGAGGAACCUCAUUGACAAAACAUCUAAUCUCCAACGAUGAAUUAUCAUUUGCAGAGUAUUUUCCUGUGGAUGAAAGCGCACUUCCCCAAACGAAUAAUACAUCACCAACCUCGAAGAAAACUAAGGAACGAUCUGUGGCUGUGAAUAUUGACCGAAUUAUUGAUGUGGUACAACCAGCUUUUAAAACCCCUGACAUGACCAAAGCUCAAAGCGAAACUAACCUUAAUACGUCACAGUCAACGACUCCCCAAAACAAAACUCAUCCUCGUGUCACAAGGUCGAAUGCAUUAACGAAUAAGGGAUAUUAUAUGGACUUUUGUGGAAUCACAAGCAACGUCACGGAAAUCAUGAAUGACUGUGAGGAUUGGACAAGCAUAAAAGAAAUUAAAUCUCCCUUCCAGAUUGAAAUUUCAGAGCCCACAAACAAGGCUGAAACCUUUCACUUACCUCCCCCUCAGGAUGAUCUUGAGAAUCGUUUUCUUACGAUACCCGAUCUGAACGAUGAAGAUGAUCGCUCAGAGCAAAAACAGCUCACUUGCAAUGACAAGUCCAUCAACAAGAACGUCUUUGACAUUGUCACAGACAUACACAACUCCUUUGUCGUUUGA